CCGGAAGCGGCGGUGGCGGCAGCGAUGGCGGCAGCGGUGGCGCCGCGUGGGUCCUUCUCGGACUCCGGCUCGGACUCGGAGGAUUCCUCGCUCUCGGACUCGGAGCUCCAGGAGGCCUUCGCGAGGGGCGCGCUGAAGCCGGGGCUCAACGUGGUGCUGGAGGAGCGGCCGAAGCGGCGCAAUGACACGGACGGCCUGAAGCAGUGCCUGGCCGAAUUCAGGCAGCAGCUCGCGUGGGUGGAAAGGCUGGACGUGACCCUGGGCCCGGUCGCGGACCCCGUUUCUCAGAGUGCUUCUGCGUCUGAUGCCGUUGACCCUGAGAAUGAUUUCCAGAGAGAGAUGAGUUUCUACCGGCAGGCGCAGGCGGCUGUCCUGGAAGCCCUCCCUAGGCUGCGUAAGCUGCAAGUUCCCACGAGGAGGCCGGAUGAUUACUUUGCAGAGAUGGCCAAAUCAGACCAACAGAUGCAGAAGAUUCGACAGAAACUUAAGAGUAAACAGGAAGCAAUGGAAAGGUCUGAGAAAGCAAAACAACUCCGUGCAAUGAGAAAAUACGGCAAGAAGGUGCAAGUUGAGGUUCUGCAAAGAAGACAAAAGGAGAAGAAAAAUAUGUUGAAUGCAGUCAAGAAAUACCAGAAAGGUCUCUCUGACAAGCUGGACUUUCUAGAUGAAGAGCAGACGUCAUCUCAAGGGAAUAAAAAAGGCAAUGCAAGUCAACGGACAAAGAAGGGACCAAAUGCCAAAAGACGAUACAAAAACCAGAAGUUUGGUUUUGGUGGGAAGAAGAAGGGCUCAAAGUGGAACACAAAGGAGAGUUUUAAUGAUGUAUCCAGCUUCCAGUCAAAAGUGGCUCACAACAAAGGCCCAGGAAAAGGAGGAAGAGGAGGAAAAGGAGGGAAAAAAGCCCUUAAUAAGAGACCUGGAAAGAGAGCAAGGCAGAAAAUGAAGAACCGAGCCCGCUAAGAGAACUGUGCUCCCCAGUGGGGUUCCUGUGUUUCUUUGUGUUGCAAGAUGUGUUUCUGCUGUCAUCAAGCAGUAAACUGUGGAGCAAGCUGGAUGCUUUGCAGUGGCAAGGAAAAAAAGUCAGUGGAAACCAGUGCCUUAUCACUAA